AAUAUUAUGGUAUAAUAUUAUUGAUAAUCAAUAUGACGAUGCAAAAUUUUUAUUAAUUUAAUAGUAUAUAAAUAUAAAAGAGUUGCGUGAGCAGUAUUUAUUAAUUAAGUGUAAUUUUGUAGUAAAACAAACUAAUUGAUUUGUUUUUAGUUUUAAUGGACUAGACCACAGUGAGUGUGUAGUAUUUAAUAAUUAAGUCUAAAAUGUUUAUAACCGACAAAUUAGUGAUCGACUUGAUCAUAGCGGUUGCAACCGUUGUAAUUGCUGCAUAUUUUUAUAUCAAGCAUAAGUACAGCUAUUGGACCAAAAAGGGUAUACCACAAAUUCCACCUACUUUUCCGUUUGGUAAUCACCCGAUAAGUUUACCAAAAGGUAUAGGGUUGGGAUCGUAUGCUGUAACAUAUUAUAAUGAGUUUAAAAAACAAGGCCAAAAAUUAGGGGGUGUGUACAUGGGUUUGGAUCCACAUCUGGUUGUAACUGAUGCUACAUACGCCAAAAAUAUUUUUAGUAAAGAUUUCUCAAGUUUCGUAGAUCGUAAUCUCUUUCACAGUGAAAAUAAUCCCCUUACUGUGAACAUAUUAACGCAAGGUGGAGAAGGCUGGAGAAAAUCUAGGGCCAAAUUUACAAGCAUAUUUACAUCAUCUAAAAUGAAGUACUACUUUAACACCAUAAAAAAAUGCAGUGAUGAAUUAAAAACCAAUUUGGAAGUCAUAGCAGAAGAUGGUAAUGUAGAUGUUGAUAUUUACGAAGUUAUGGCUUGUUACUUUACCGAUGUUAUAGGAUCGGUAAUUUAUGGAGUCGACGCUAACAGUUUCAAAUCUCCCGACGCCAUUUUUAGGAAAUUAGGACGAGAACUGUUUGAUACCUUUACGCUACCAUUCCAACUAGGAUUAUUCCUAACCAUCUGUUACCCAAAAUUAGCCCAUCUUAUUAAUAUAGGUAGCUUCCAACCGGAUAUUGAAAAAUUCUUUAAAAAUUUUGUACCGAAAACUGUGGAGCACAGAAUCAAGAACAAUAUACACAGAGCGGAUUUUCUGGAAUUAUUGAUUGAAAUGAGAAAGUCUGGAAUUGAAAUAACGAAUGAAGAAAUGGUAGCGCAGACGUUAAUAUUCUUUUCGGCUGGCUACGAAACAUCAUCGGGAGCUUCUAGUCUCUUGUUAUAUGAAGUGAGUAAAAACCAAGAUAUUCAACAAAAAGCCAGAAACGAAAUCAAUGAGGUAUUUUCAAAAUAUGGAGGCUUAACCUAUGAAGCCGUACAUGAAAUGACAUACCUCUCUCAAAUAUUUAAUGAAACCAUGAGGAAAUAUCCCUUAUUGACGACACUCGGUAGGGUCUGUGUUAAGGACUAUCAAUUUCCGGAUAGUAAUGUAGUGAUUGAAAAAGGAACUGGUAUCAUUUUACCAGUUCUAGGAUGGCACCGUGAUCCAGACCUAUUUCCAGAUCCAAUGAAAUUUGAUCCUGAUAGAUUUAAUGACAAAAAUGUUAAAUACGAUGGAUAUUUCCCAUUUGGAGAUGGACCUAGAAAUUGUAUAGGAGCGAGGCUCGGAAUGUUGCAGGUGAAGCUGGGUUUGGCGGAAGUAAUCAGAAAUUAUAAAAUCGUACUAAGUCCAAACGUUAAAGAAGAAUUAGAGUUUGAUCCAUCGACUUUUGUUACACAUAUGACAGAAAAAGUCUUCGUAAGAAUGAAGAAAAUAAAUUAAUCCAAAUCAUUUUAUGAAACAAUAUAUUUUAAUAAAAAUUGUGUUUGUUUUUAACCAACGAACUGAAUUAUAGUGAACAGUUUUCGACAUAUCUUAUCAAAUAAUACCUAAUUAUUAAUUGCAAUUAACCAGUAUAUAUUGUUACACAGGUUUUUGGUAUCGCAAUUUAUUUCAACUCAACUUUAACAACAAUUAUACAACUGAUAACAUUAACAUAUAACGUCUAUCAUAAAACUGAAAAACUGACGUCAAGAUCACUGCAUAUAUAAGUUGCUUUCUCUUUCUCGAACCUUGUUGUUUUAGACUUUAUUUUAAAACCGGCAACGCCGCACACAUGUGGCAUAUUCUUUGCGCCUUGUCCUAAAAGGCAUAGGGCACUUAAGAUCGUAUAAAAAUUGGAGCGAAUGGUGCAACGUUGACCGGCAGACGGUUCAUUCUGUUAGUUUGUAUUUUUUCUAUUACAUUAAAUUCGUAUAAAAACCA